AUGGCGCAGCUGGCUGCGAAGUGGCUGACGGUGGCGCACGGCGGCGAGCUGUGCAAGCUGCUGCUCGUGGAGGGCGCAGAGCCAGCGGCACUCGCCGCGGCGCUCGUCGCCCGGCUGAGGCUGGGCCGCGCGCCCUUCUACCUCACCCUCCCAGAGGAGGACGCCGUGGUGCCCCUGACCGCGUCCCUGCCGGAGGGGCUGACACUUUCCCUGCACGUGGACAGCGACCUUCGACCUCGGACGCGGGCCAGAUUGAGCUCGGGAGCGACGAUUUCCGAGGAGCCGCCGCCCGAGGCGCCGGGGCAGGCGGCGGCCUCCUCCCGGGCGCCCCGCGGCCCAGAAGCGCUGUCCACGCCGCUGCUGGGCGACGCGGGGGAGGCAUCGAAAGGCACCUGUCGCAGCGUUCCACCAGCAGGCAGAGGCGGCUGGCCGGACGCCGAGGGCGGCGAGGGUGAGCGGGAGCCCGAGUGGCCGCGGCGCCGUGCCAGGAGCGGCAGCGACCACAGCGAGGUUGUCGAGGAGGUGGAAGAGGUGAAGGAGGAGGUCAAGGACCUGGCUCGCAGCCUGGACCGCUUCUCUCGGCUGGGCACGGACCUCUCAAACGAGCGCACGCUGUUGGCCUGGACGCGCACCAGCCUGGCAACCCUGCGCACAGCCACCGACUUCAUGAACAUCGAGGCGAGCGGUGCUAUAUGGACCAAGGCCAGCUUCACGGUGUCACACCUGACCGUAUUGGGAAUUAUGGUUUUCGCAAUGAUCGCCGGCGUUGCGCGCUACAGGAGAAUCAAGGAGAUUACGUUGAUGGCAGUUCCGCCCGCCCAAUUCGGGCGGAUGUCGAUGGCUUGGUUUUAUUGGCUUACCCUCAUCUGUGUUAUGUGUGCUGCAUUUGGACUGCUAGUGCCUCCUGGGUGGGGUACAGGCUCAGUCUAG